AAGACAUCGCGCCUCCCCAUAGCCAUAUUCUAAAAGAUGUCUGACGCUGGAGAUGAAAUUCAAGUCGACGAGGCCCCCGUCGAGGUCGAGGCCGCUGCCGAGGCUCCCAAGGGCAAGCUGUCCGUUGAGGAUGCGCUUCAGCAAGUGCUGAAGAACGCUCUCAAGCACGACGGGCUCGCGCGAGGUCUCCGUGAGUGCGCCAAAGCGCUCGACAAGCGCCAGGCCCACCUUUGUGUCCUCGUCGAGACGUGCACGGAGGCGGAGUACAUCAAGCUCAUAGAGGCUCUCUGUGCUGAGCACAAGAUCAACCUCAUUAAGGUUGGUGACGCCAAGAUCCUUGGUACCUGGGCCGGUCUCUGCAAGAUCGACCGCGAGGGCAACCCGCGCAAGAUCGUUGGGUGCUCUUGCGUCGUCGUCAAGGACUACGGCACUGAGAGCGAGGGCCUCCACGUCCUCCUCGACUACUUCAAGAACCGUUAAGGGUCUUGUCGUGCAUCUCAUCUCACUGUAGCCGUAGUGUUAUUGUUGACCCAAAAUGAGAUGAUGAUUGCGAU